AUGGAGGCACAAAUGACUCUGAAUACCGAAACACAAAAGUCAUCUGCAAAAAGGCUAGAAGAAAAAGUGGCAGUGAUAACUGGUGGUGCAAGAGGAAUAGGUGCAGCCACAGCAAAACUCUUUGCAGAAAAUGGAGCACAUGUUGUGAUUGCUGAUGUUCUUGAUGAUCUUGGCGCGUCUGUGGCCGAAUCAAUCGGCGGCCGUUACAUCCAUUGUGAUGUAUCAAAGGAAUCUGAUGUAGAGUCAGCUAUAAACCUUGCAGUUUCGUGGAAAGGCCACAUAGACAUCAUGUUCAACAAUGCUGGAAUUCCAGACAAUGAAGGAAGAAGCAUUUCAACCCUUGACAUGAACCGAGUAAACCGUGUUCUCUCCAUCAACCUCUAUGGAACAAUCCAUGGAAUAAAACAUGCUGCAAGAGCAAUGAUCAAAGCUCAAAAAGGAGGUUCCAUCAUUUGCACUUCAAGUGCAGCUGCAACCAUGGGUGGUUUUGCUUCACAUUCCUAUACCAUGUCAAAAGCAGCCAUGGCUGGAGUGAUGAGAAGUGCUGCUUGUGAAUUGGGAGUGCACUUGAUUAGGGUUAACUGCAUUUCCCCACAUGGGGUUCCCUCUGAAAUGCUUAUAAGUGCUUAUAGGACUUUUAAUAAAGUUGAUAUUACUCCUGAGAAAUUGAGUGAGUAUAUUGGGAAUAAGGCAAGUUUGCUUAAGGGGAGAGGUGCAGCAAUUGAAGAUGUAGCACAUGCUGCUUUGUUUUUGGCUAGUGAUGAAUCUGGCUUCAUAACAGGACACAAUCUUUCUGUGGAUGGAGGAUACACAUCUUCUAAUAGUAGCAUGAGUUUUAUCUACCAAGACCCCAAAUGAAAAGAAAAUAACAAUGAAUAAAGUUUAGUUGUCAUUGGCAGUGAAAUGGGUUCUCUAGUUGAAGAAAAAAUUGGCUUGCUUUAUCAUAAAAGGACUUUCUAUUACUUUGUUAUUAAGACAUCUUGUAAACAAACAUGCACUAAAAACAUCUUAACCAUUUUAAUGCCCCCUCCCUAUUCAAUAGAGGCUUAUCUAAGGUAGGUGAUUGUAGUAGUGUAUGUUUGGGUAAGCGUCCUCAGUCCUCACCCACCUGACGCCCG